AUGGAAGUACAUGAGCUCCUGCACACCGGCAUCAAGGUCGAUCACGCGUAUCAGGAGCAGCUGAGGGCCAAGGUCAAGGAGCUCCUGUCUUGGAAAUAUGAAGGGUUUGCUGGAUCACAACCUGUCAGCUUUCAACUGCAGCAUCUCUCGAACCUGGAAAACGAGGACUAUUUUGUCUGCGAGAAAAGCGAUGGCGUGCGAUAUAUGAUGAUUCUGGUCGUGACUCAAAAGGGACCAGCGGGAUUUUUGAUCGAUCGGAUGAACAACUUUUUCUACUUGCCGAUGCAUUUCCCGCUGUCGAAGCUGAAGCAAAAGUCCUCGCAGAAUACCCAGUUCCACAACGAUACGCUCAUGGAUGGCGAGCUGGUCAUCGAUGUUCAAGGCGACAAGAAAAUCAAGCGGUUCUUGGUGUUUGAUCUCAUGGCUGUCAAUGGCGUCAGCAUCGUACAACGUUCCUUCAGCACACGACUUGGGAUUCUGCAACAAGACGUUAUCGAGCCGCACACACAGUAUUUAAAGAGCCACCCACAGCUCCAAAAGUCUGCUCCGUUUUCUGUCGAAAUGAAGGACCAGCAAAGGUCGUACGGAAUGAACCUUGUGUUUCAGGACAUACCCAACCUCAAGCAUGCCAACGAUGGGUUGAUCUUCACACCAGUCAAAGAGCCAUAUAUGGCCGGAACCUGCACGAAGCUGCUCAAAUGGAAGCCCCCGGAUAUGAACACGGUCGACUUUCAGAUCAAGAAGACAUACACUGCGGAACGAAAGCCUCGCUAUCAACUGUAUAUUUCCAGGUUUGGCGUCCAUCGUCUGUAUGAAGACUUUAGCCCCGAUCCCGACACAGCCGAAAAGUGGAGGAACGAGUCGCCCGACGGACGCAUUGGCGAGUUCCGAUACGACCCUAAUCUCGAUAACGUCAUCUACGAGUCUGGGUAUGCGCCCCAGACGCGGAAAGGCGGAUGGGUAUUCAUCAAGUACCGUGAUGACAAGGACAAAGCCAACGAAGAGCAUGUCGUCACGAGCGUGAUUGCCAGCAUCAAGGACGGCGUUACCAAGGAUAUCUUGGAGAAUCGGGUCGAGCUCAUUCGGAAAAAAUGGAAGGCUCGGGAGCGGAUGCUGAUUUCGGCGUCGCCAGUUGCCCCACAACCAUCCAAUACGGACACGUCCGAGUCUGACGCAAAGAAUCUUUCGUCACCGUCUGGUGCGACCCGGCCCCAGCCACCGCCAGGCCCAGCUCCGCUGACCCGGGAGCGUGGCUCGACAUCCAGCCCCCAGUCCGAGCGGGUGGCCACCAAACGAGUCAAAGUCGAUCCCAGUACCAGCGACGAAGCGAUAGCGCCUGAGUCUGAUAGUACGAGACAAAAGUCCGUUUCCGAGAAGCUGCUGGAGCAACGCCUGUCUCCGCUGAAGAGUGUGCCGAGCAGCAAGCCUGAGGACAGCGCACCGGCUCAGAGAGAUACUCCAGAUCGGUCACCCGUGCGCAUCGGCGCUCCGAACCGAAUACCUGAAGUGAACGGGACUGCCGCACCGUCUCCUGAUCUGCCUGCUGCCAUAAACCAGUCCCCCAGCACUGGCCCCGUCCUCGAUCAGCACGGCGACGACGACGCACUAUCCUCUGGGGGGAUCCCAGAACUCUCAGCGUCUCAAGUCUGCAACCCCCGACACAGAAGCCCCACAGCUUUUUCGGCCUCCGACCGCUGUCUCAGCAGCAGCAGCAGCAGCAGCAGCAGCAGCAACGCCGAUACAGACGACCGGUCCAUCUGCUCCUCCUGGAAGCGUGGCGGUCCAACCCGGCGCUGCCCCGAUCACUCCGGGGCCUCGGUCUCCAGCACCGCCGACGAUCCAUCCAAGAGCUUGGCGUCCGCGCGAAACCUGGUGAUCCAGCUGGGUUCCGGCCGCAGACACCAUCGCACGGUUACCCUCCGCCGCAGCUUUUACUGGCUCCUCCCCAUCCUCAACAGCCCGCUCGCAGCCCAUUAUCCCAGCCGCCCCACCAUCAGUUCCAGCCGCACCCCCAUGCCGUCCCUCAGCAUCAGCCUCAGCCUCAGCCGCACCAACUCUCGCCGCACCCUCAACUGCAACUGCAGCCGCACCCCCAGUCCCAGCCGCAGCCCCAGCUUCAACAACCUCCCCAACAGUCGCCCCAACACCCAUCCCAGCCUCAGCCGCAACUCCAACACCCGCCCUCGCAUCAACCCCAGCAGCCUCACACGGGCCAUCCCGCUGGCUACGGCCAUCCCCAAGGCCAUCUCUCCAAUGCACAGGCCCCUCCGGCUCAGUAUCCCUACCCCUAUCCGCAAAUCUCGCCCACGGGCCAGCGCCCACCCUAUCCCCACUAUCCUUCGCAUCACCCACCGCCACAACAUCCACAGCCGACCCUGCACCCCCAUCCUCAGCCUCUACAACAACAGCAGCAACAACAGCAACAGCAGCAGCAGCAACAGCAGCAACAACAACAACAGCAGCAGCAGCAGCAGAAGCAGCCCCAUCUGCAGCCUUCACCAGUCACACAAUACCCAUCAAACUACCCGCCGCCCCGAUGGAGGUGCCGUCUCGGCCUGUGUCUCAGGCAAGCCAACCUCGGCCCGAAAUCCGUGCGGCAGCCAAGGCAGGGCCGCAGCCAUCUCUGGCCUCUCCCGCAAACUCGCCGACAAUCACCACCCAUCCGGAGAUGGGCCGUUCCGAGUCUGA